AUGGGGGCCCGAGACUGCAAGCCCGACGCGGCUCCCCGGCGCCCCUGUGGCCAUCCACCCCCGCCUCAGCUGCCGCCUCGCUCUGCUCCCGGCGCUCAGCCCCUAGCCCCGCCCGACUCGCACCCAAGCCCCGCGGCCCCCGGCCGGCCCGCCGGCCCCGUGCCUCUGCCAGCUCCUCGCCCGCCCGCUGUCUCUAGCGCUGGCGCCUCAGCUCGGGGUCCCCCUCGCUUGCCCAGUUCUUUCUCUGCUGUUUGCCCUGUCAAAACACUGCCCGGAUCACGUGUCCUAACAACAGCCAACCCACCGCUCGUCACUUCCUCCCUGGCGGCCUCAGCGGCGGGCGCCUAG